GGCAGCGCCCAGGACGGAGGGGGGGGUGGAGAGUGGGAGGGCGUCGCGGGCGUUGCGGGCGUCGCGGGCGCGGAGGGAGAGAUGAUGGAGGGAGAGAUCUCUUGCUCCCAGGCAAGAGUCAACAGUCCAACUGAGACCUCGAGCAGCGAGAACUUGGAAGAGGAGGUCAAGAGCGUGAAUCAGGAGGUUCGGGGCUGGCAACCUUCUCUGUCACUGGGGUCCUAUUCAUGGUUUAUUUAAAGAAGACUGUCCGCGGGGCCCUUCCCUCUUCUUAUCGAAAGCCGUCUGAAUCCCGAUACUAUAGUAAUAAUCCCAAGUCCCAUCUUACUUACUACUCCUGCGCAUCUGCCUUGGACCACUUGCAAGUGGCACGGGCAGCCCCAGAAGGUCAACACUCUACAUACAAUACAGGACAGCACAAAGGCAAGGCAAGACAAGACAAGACAACGAGCGGAGAUCCCCCAGCACCAACAUCCGCCGUCCUCGCAAGACUUGGUCAAGAGUCAAGACCCUCGGGGUUAUCUCAAAGACCAGAAGCAGUCUCGAGAGAGAGAGAGAGAGAGAGAGACCGACAUAUCAAGCACCAAGGUCAGGACCAGGAUUCGAUACAGACCCAUCGUCUCUUCUGGCCGCGCCCCCCUUAUCAUCCCGAGAGGCCGCGCGCUUUACUCUGCUAUCUUCAGGCUUCAAUGCGUUUGGCCCCUCUGGAAGCGUCGAAUAAUUACUCAGGACUUGAUUAAACCUUUUCUGCGAUUCUCCUAUUACCCCGCGAUCCCC